CUUAUCCUACACCUUACCACACCGAAUAAAAACUCCUCUGUUUCUCUCUCCAAAUUCAAAGACCUCAAAUUUCGAUCAAAAACCCUUGUUAGGGUUUAGUAGAGUCCAAACACUUCAUCGCACUACUCUACAUUUCAAGUUUUGAAGGCUGUAAGUAUGGCGUUCUUCAGUAAAGUUGGGAAUAUACUCAAACAGAGUGUGAGCAAGCAGGUCACCUCACACUUUUCAGCAUCUAAUCCCUCUAUUUAUCAGGCUCUAAGAUGCAUGUCAUCUUCAAAACUCUUUGUUGGAGGUCUCCCAUGGGCUGUAGAUGAAAGAAGUUUAAGGGAAACCUUUUCUCAAUAUGGAGAAGUUAUUGAAGCAAAAGUUAUUAUUGACCGUGAGCAAAACAGAUCUAGAGGGUUUGGUUUUGUUACAUUUGCUUCUACUGAAGAGGCUUCAAGUGCUCUUCAGGCUAUGGAUGGACAGGAUUUGCAAGGUCGUACAGUGAGGGUGAAUUAUGCAACAGAUAGAGCACCACGACCAUAUGGUGGCGGAGGCGGCUUUGGUGGUGGAGGCUAUGGAGGCGGCGGUUAUGGAGGUGGUGGUUAUGGUGGGGGAGGUUACGGUAGUGGUGGUGGUGGUUACGGUGGAGGGCAAAAUUAUGGAGGUGGUAAUUCUGGAGGCUACGCUCCUCCUGGAGGCUACGCUCCUAGUGGAGGCUUUGAUGGUGGAAGUUACGGUCCUCCUGGUGGUGCCCCAGUGAUACUGGCUUUGCAAGCGGCGGAUUCCAGGGUGAUGAUUUAAACUUACCUGAAGAUAACUUCAAGGAUGAUGACUUUGCUAAAAGGGCUUGAUCUUUUUCAGACUAGUUUGAGUGCUGGCAACAUAAAUAAUUGCUCUUCCUUUUUAUCGGAAGAAAUGAAUCAGAGUUUGAUCCCCGCAACAAAUAUGAUGUCAGACAUACAUUUAAUCAAUAGGACUAUAUUAGUAUAGUUUAAUUUUCAUUCUUCUCGUUUAUGCUGUCAUUGUUAAAGAUAUUUUGGGUUUGGUUGCAUUGGAGCUAGCAACAUGUUAAACUCUAUGCUAUGAGAAUUUUAUUGUCAACUUUUCCAUAUUCAUAUUGUGGUUGUCCGAUGUAUCCUCUACAUCCUUGUUCAGUUA